AAAAGAAUCUUUCUUAUAUCACUGAUCCGGGAGGCGCCACUGAAAGAAAAGGAGAAAGGCGGAGAAGAAAAUAAAGAAGAUACGAUCGAAAAAGGCUAACGGCACAAAAUGAUUUUAGUUAUGAAUUUUCAUUCUUAAUAAGAAGAGAAGAAAUGGAAGCAAUGCUAGAGACUUUCAUGAAAAACCACCAAAAUUCGUUGAAAUCGCUAUUUCAGAGAAAGAGAUCUUCUAUUUCCCAAGACAAUGAUUCUCCUGCUGAUGCUAUUUCUCCAAUGCCCAUUCCUCAGUUGUCUCCUCUCGCCAAUUCUGUCGUUGCUCGCUGUUCCAAGAUUCUUGGAGUCCCUACGCAAGAGUUACAGCACCAAUUCGACAUUGAGCUACCAGAGAGCGUUAAGCAGCUAUUCACUUACGCCAGAAACUUAUUGGAGUUUUGCUCCUACAAAGCCCUCAAUUGUGUUGUUGCUACGACUCCUAAUUAUUUGAGCGACAAGGACUUUCGUCGCUUGACCUAUGACAUGAUGCUCGCUUGGGAGACCCCUUGCAUUGAGAUCCAAUCUAAACUAGAAACUACAUCUCCCAGUAGCCGUGACGAAGAUGAGAACGAGGAUGAAGAUGGGGCUUCUUUGUUUUAUUCAAGUCCCACUAAUACGGCUGUUCAGGUUGAUGACACUCAAACUGUUGGUCGAGAGUCUUUUGCUCGCAUAGCUCCUGCUUGUCCUCUUGUUGCUGAUGUAAUCACCGCCCACAAUCUUUUUUAUGCCCUCACUUCCUCUUCAGCCGAUCGUCUCCAUUUCCUCAUUUAUGAUAAAUACCUUCACACUCUCCACAAGAUUAUAAAAGCUGCAAAAAAUGCACCUGCACCCUUGAUUUCCAAUCUUCAGCUUGCUGAGGGAGAGCUUAUUCUUGAUGUUGAUGGGACAGUUCCCACUCAACCAAUUCUACAACAUAUUGGAAUCUCAGCAUGGCCAGGCCGCUUAACGCUGACUAAUUAUGCUCUCUACUUUGAGUCAUUGGGAGUUGGUCUAUAUGAUAAAGCUGUUCGAUAUGAUCUGGCAAUGGAUAUGAAACAGGUCAUAAAACCUGAGUUGACUGGGCCAUUGGGUGCUCGUCUGUUUGAUAAAGCUGUGAUGUACAAGUCCGCAUCUGUAGUGGAGCCUGUUUACUUUGAGUUCCCUGAAUUUAAAGGUAACUCUCGAAGAGAUUAUUGGUUGGAUAUAUGCCUUGAGAUCCUCCAUGCACACAAGUUUAUUAGAAAAAAUAAUUUUAAAGAGACUCAGCAAUUGGAGGUACUUGCAAGGGCUAGUCUAGGCAUCUUCCGAUAUCGUGCAGUUAGAGAAGCUUUCCACUUCUUCUCAUCUCAUUACAAAUCCAUUCUUUCUUUUAAAUUGGCCGAUAGUCUUCCCAUGGGAGAUAUGAUCUUGGAAACGCUGUCAAGUCGCCUAGCACUUCGAAAUAUAACUGCUUCCCCACACAGUGUUGAUGGAUCUGCCUAUACAAAACAGCAACAAUCACAUUCAUCAGUUGCACUUCUGACACUUAGCCGUCUUGGACUUGCUUUACGAAAGGAUUCAAAUCUAGAUGGAGAAGCAAUAGUGGGAGAUCUUUGUCCUGGUGAGAUCAGUCCCUUGGAGAUUGCUGUGAAACAGUCGGUGUCAAAUAUUGGAAAAGCUGAAGCUGCACAGGCUACUGUGGACAAAGUCAAGGUUGAAGGGAUUGAUACAAAUGUUGCAGUCAUGAAGGAACUGCUGUUUCCAGUUAUUGAAUUAUCUAGCCGUCUUCAGCUUUUGGCCUCUUGGGAAGAUCCACUUAAAUCAACAGUGUUUAUGGUGCUAUGCUGCUACGCUAUUUCAAGGGGUUGGACCAGGCACUUCUUGCCAUCUGUUUUCAUAUGCUCUGCUGUUUUCAUGUUCUUGCGAAGGCAUCUCAACAGAAAGGAGCCCUUAGAGGCCUUCAAAGUUACAGCUCCUCCCAAUAAAAACGCUGUAGAGCAGCUGCUGACUCUGCAAGAAGCUAUCUCACAAGUUGAAGCACUAAUUCAAACUGGGAAUAUUUUCCUCCUGAAGAUUAGAGCUCUUUUAUUUUCUGUACUUCCACAGGCUACAGACACAGUUGCUCUCUUGCUGGUUUUCAUAGCUGCUAUGGUAGCAUUUGUGCCCUUGAGGCACUUAAUUCUGUUGGUAUUUGUAGAGGCGUUCACACGGGAAAUGCCUUAUAGAAAAGAAAACAGCGAUAAGUGGCGUAGACGGAUAAGGGAAUGGUGGAUCAGAAUACCGGCAGCUCCAGUUCAGCUCACUAAAAUUGAUGAAGGCAAGAAAAAGAAGUGAUUGGAUAUGAAGUGCAGCAUUCUUUUGUAAAAAAUGUGGAUGCCAAAAGACACGGGCUACUGAAGAGAAAGAGCUUAUACAUUGUAUAGAAAGCAGCAGUAGAGAUUUUUUUUUCUUUCUUGUUUUAAAUAAUUUUCAGUUUUGAGUUGAUUCUUCACUGAAUUAUUGCUUCAGAAAACAUGGUUACGGAGAAAAGGAGGGGAAACUGAUCAGAAUUUGGACGGCAUAGCUAUAAUAUAAAAUGGAGGGGAAGCAUUGAAACUUGUCAUUUAAAGUCCAAAUUGAAAUGUUGCAGAACAAUUUGGUUUGUC